AUUUCCUCUCAAUUUGCCCUUUCAACGCCACGUCUCCUAAACGCACACACUCAGUAUAAUAAUAAAAGAGGAGAAAGGAGAGAAUCCAAACAGAAGGAAAGAGUAACAGAAGCAGAGGAGGGUUUCAACAAAAGAAAAGAAACUUAACAUCUCCCAUUGAAGGGUCUCCUCUCUUCUUCCUUUCCCAGAAACCAAAACGGGUUUUGGGUCCAUUUUGGUUGCAUUUUUGGUUCAUCGAGAGUUCUGAGUAUCGUAAUCUGUCGACACAUUCAUACUUGCGGUCUGUAUUCUUAGAUCAUUUGAAAAGCAUCAGUGCUUUUAUCAAGUUUCUUGUUGUUUGUAGAUACUCGAUAUAAAUCUGUGGGUGGAAACCUCGAAAUCUCAAAAAUCGUGGGGUUCUUAUCAAUUUUGGAACGAAAUUCGUAAUACCCUUGAUUUUGAUUGCUUCAAAAUUGUUUCUUUUGCACACACCACUGUUGUAUUUAGUGUUUAGAUAGGAAGAUUUAAUAUAAAAGGAAAAGUAAGGGUUUUGAUUGGCUAAUUGUGUUGUCUUUAGUAACGGGGCAGGGGCUGCUUUAUUUGGGAAUUGGAAAAGGAUGGUGGGAGGAGGGAGCAGGAGGGAUGAGCCGUUGGUGAUAAACAGCACCAAUGUUUUUGCUGCUUUGGGGACCUUGAGGAAGAAGAAGAAAGCUGCUGACAAGGACCAGGGUUCAUCUUCAAAGGGCAAAGCGAAGAAGGCCGAGAAAAAUGUGGAUAAGAAAGAGGUGUUCUGGGCCCCAGCACCGCUCACGGCGAAGUCAUGGGCGGACGUGGAUGACGAUGACGAUGAUGAUUACUACGCCACCACCGCGCCCAUGGGUUCUGCCUGGGGCGCUCAGAAAGAGAGCCAGCCUGCUCUAGAAGAAAGUGAUAGUGAAGUGGAAGGUCUUGAUGAUGUUGAGGAAGAUGUUGAAGAAGAACAUGAAAAUGAACCUGAGGUUCCAGUACAGGAAGAGCCAGAGCCAGUUGUGAGGAAGCCUUCUGAACUUUCUGUACAUAAGGAUACAGAAAGGCAGCUUUCAAAGAAGGAAUUGAAGAAAAAGGGGCUUGAGGAACUUGAUGCUGUUCUUGCUGAGUUAGGAUACCCCACAAAAGAGACAGUUGGCUCUGAUGAAUCUUGUGGUGUUGUGAAGGAGGAGAAAGCGGAGAACGAGGGAAUGGAGAAGAAAGAGAAUGCCCCUGCAGAGAGCAAAACUGCCAAAAAGAAGAAAAAGAAGGAUAAGGUGUCAAAGGAGGUGAAAGAAUCGUCUCAAUGCCAACCUGAAGACACUGAUGUUGCAUUUGCCACUAAUGAAAUGAGUGAGGCAGAGAAACCUGAAGAGGCACCUGAUGUUGAUGUGAAAGAGCGUCUGAAGAAAGUGGCUUCUGCUAAGAAGAAAAAAUCAAAUAAAGAGAUGGAUGCUGCUGCCCGAGCUGCUGCUAGUGAGGCAGCUGCAAGGAAUGCGAGGCUUGCUGCUGCGAAGAAAAAAGAGAAGAAUCACUACAAUCAGCAGCCGGUGCGCUAGGCUCGCUAUGUCGGUUUCUGUUUCCUUUUUACCUUAACAUAUGCUGGCUCUUGUUCUUUUUCUUAAUGAACAAUAAACGUCAGUCUCCCAUUUUCGACUUUCCAUAGGACAGUUUUCUCAGAGAAAAAGUCUGUUCUUAUGCUGGAUGUUUUAUAUGCAAAAAACUGGUAUAUUCUCCUUUUUCUUUAUCAAAAACUGAACCCAAUGCUUAUAGGAAUGUUUGGUCACUGAACCUUUACUCCCAACAACUUCAUACCUGCCUUGUUGAUGAACCGUUUCUGCCCUAAAUUUCUAGUUAAUGAAUCAUGCGGAACAUU